UCAGUUGGUCAAGGGCAGCAGUUCAGUACCUACCCACAUCUAGCAACCCACGAUCACAAGCGAAUGAUCAGCGGACCGGGUGGCGGUCAGGUGGAGACCAGUGACAAAACAAUAAAGAUUGUUUUAGAAAACAGAGACUUAUGGCAGAAGUUUCACACUCUGGGUACAGAAAUGAUUAUAACCAAGACUGGACGGCGGAUGUUCCCAACGCUUAAGGUCAGUCUAGAGGGACUUGAUCCUCACACCAAAUACAUAUUGCUUAUUGAUGUUCUCCCCGUCGAUGACUGUCGCUACAAAUAUCACAAUUCCGAAUGGGUGGUCACAGGCAAAGCUGAACCCCACAUGCCAGGACGUCUGUACGUCCACCCGGAUUCCCCAGCAUCAGGCUCGCACUGGAUGAAGCAACCAGUCUCAUUCCACAAACUCAAACUCACUAACAACAAUUUGGAUCAAAACGGACAUAUUAUUUUGAACUCCAUGCACAAGUACCAACCACGAGUUCACGUCGUACAGGCCAACGAUGUAUUCACUAUGCGUUGGGGAUCAUUCUACACCUACGCCUUCGAGGAAACAAAAUUCAUUGCAGUGACGGCUUAUCAGAACGAACAGAUUACACAAUUAAAGAUUGAUAACAAUCCAUUCGCAAAAGGUUUUCGAGACAACGGAAUGGGCAGGCGACUUGAUCAGAGAAGUUAGAUUAAACUUCAUUAAAAACAUAAUCUAUCUCC